AUGCACUAUGAGGCUGCCUACCUUUUGGCUGUCCUUGGCAGCAAUGACUGCCCCAACUCCAAGGACCUGAAGAAGAUCCAAGACAACUUUGGCUUGGAGGCAGAUGAGGAGUGGCUCAAGGCCAUUGGCAAGUUCAAGAACAUGGGGCAGUGGAGCAGUAAGCUGGCCUGUGUAGGGGGAGUUGGGGGGGUGGAGUUGUUGCUAUCAGAAGAGUCCGAGGAUGACAUGGGCUUUGGGCUCUUUGACAGCGCCCACCUGGAUCCUUGA